GACUUUAUUUUUCUUUUCUUUUUAUUGUAUCAACCUAGAGCCGUGGAUGAUGGGUUGUGUUGUCAAAUUUCGAGGUUGGGGGGCCUGUAGUUUUGUUGUUUUGUCCGCUGCCCUGAUGCCAUCAGUCUUUUAUAUAUAUAGAAGAAUCAAAAACAUUUAACCUACUGAUGCCUCGAUGAAUGUAAUUUUAUUGGUAUCUAUUUUUAUUUCUGAAAUUUACCACCCUUGGCUUAUAUUGGAGUCAAUGUUUUCCCAGUUUUUUUGUGGUAAAAUUAGGUGCCUCGGCUUAUAUUCGGGUCGGCUUAUACUCGAGUAUAUACGGUAAGUCCCCUCUUUUGCAUGCUCCCCUUUUGUUGCUUUCCCAACCCUUCAUUACUUUUCCAGGGAAAGGAAAGCAGUGAUGGGGUUAAACAGGAGGCCGGCCCCUCUUGUCCUCUUCCAGCUCCAUUCCUGGGACCUUUAAAUGGGCAUGGAGUGCGUUUGCGCCCGAGGCUUUGGCAUCCGAGCGCUGGGCUGGGCAGAGCAGAAGGGCAAACAGAGAGGCCGGGUGUGGUGCCCACACGAAGGGAGGAAUGCGCUCUUUUGGGUGCAUUGGUGGCACACUGAGCCCGAGAGAGAGAAGGAAUGUGCAUGAAGCGGUGUGCUCUUUUUCUUCGGAGGGGUGUGUGCCGAACUAAGUAGAAAACCGCAUGUGUGCAUAUGUUUGGUAGUGGUUUGCCUGCACAGAGAGAGAAGUGUGGGUUGCAUUUUUGGGAACCCAAGCAAGAAGGGGAAACAAUCGAGUGUGAGUCAAUGUAAAGGAGCCUGUAAAGGGAGGAAGGCAAUGUGACAGCGAAGGGGUGUGUGUGUGUGCUUGUGUAAAAGAGAAGCGCAUGGAUUGAGUGCAUGGAUUAACGUAGGCGGUGCACACCCUGGGACAACGAUGACAAAAGAGUUGCAAAGUUUGAGUCUGGAGAAGUCGGAUUGUAUGUGCUUGUGAGAAUGUGAAAAAGAGUGAAGUUGAUUUCUGUGUUUCGGGAGAGGAAGACAACGGUUUUAUGCCAUCGGAAGAGUUGCGACGUUUGUCUUUUGGAAGAGAGAAGUUGGAUUGUGUGUUUGUGAGAAUGUAGCGGCGUUUUCUGUUACGUGCAAGAGAUAGGAAAAGAACAGGCAGGAAGUCUGCCAAGGCUGCAUUCAUCGGGAGAAACGUCUGCCGUUGCAAAAAGCAACCCAACGUUGGAUUGUGUGAAUUUGUGAAAAUAUAGGUGUUAAGGAGAGACUAGGGGUGAUUUCCAGGCAUUGAGAAACAGGCAGAAGUUUUGCCAGGACUGCGUUCAUCACGAGACGUCUGCCAUCACAAGCAACCAAAGACAGUGGCCGGAUUGUGGGACCUUUGUGAAAUUGUUCACAAGUUACUCAACGUUUUAUCGUCGGUGGAUGAUUUGUACAGUUUGCGUAUGGAAGCAGAGAAAAGUUGCAUUUUCUGUCUUUGUGAGUCAGGUUGAUUUCUGUAUGUAAGAGGAGAAAAGGGCACAAAGUUGGCCGGGACUGCACUCAUCGAGACUUGUGCCAUUUGCAAGCAACCCAAAACAACGUUGGAUUGUUUGUGAGGAUGUCUGUGAGAAGGAGAGACAUUGGGCAUUGAGAGACGGGCAGAAGGCUUGCCAGGACUGCCUUCAUUGGGAGACGUCUGCCAUUGUGAGGAAAGAAACACAUUGCCAAACUCUGACCAAGAGAGAAGGCCUCUCCAUUCUUUGCUUCGUUCUGGAACAGGCCGCGGAUAUCAAGAAGCCGGGUUGGAGAUGGUGAUUGUGACCCUCGUGGGCCAGAGGGAUGUCCCCUUGACCUAGGGCAGCCUGGUCCUUUGUUGGAUGCGUCCAAAGGUGCCGUAUCAGCCGUUGGGGCCACGUCUACCAUGGCGGCCGAAGUGCGACUGAAGAAGCUGGAGGAGCUGGUCCUGGACCAGAGAGCGGUGGGCUUGGAGACCUUGGUGGACCUCCUGCUCUGUGUCCAUCAUGAGCUGAGCACCUCUCCGUUGGCCCAGGAGAAGUACAUCAGGGAGUUCCUGCAAUGGGCUGAGCCAGUGACGUCCAGACUGAAAGAGCUUCGGCUGCAGCGGGACGAUUUUGAGAUCCUCAAAGUCAUCGGUCGGGGAGCCUUCAGCGAGGUAGCUGUGGUCAAGCAGAAAAGGACCUCCCAGGUGUAUGCCAUGAAAAUCAUGAACAAGUGGGACAUGCUGAAGCGAGGAGAGGUUUCUUGUUUCCGGGAGGAGCGAGACGUUUUGGUGAACGGAGACAAGCGCUGGAUCACGCAGCUGCAUUUUGCUUUCCAGGACGAGAAUUACCUGUACCUGGUGAUGGACUACUAUGUCGGAGGCGACCUCUUGACGCUGCUGAGCAAAUUUGGGGACCGAAUCCCGAUGGAGAUGGCCCGCUUCUACUUGGCCGAGAUGGUGAUGGCCAUUGACUCCAUCCACCGCAUGGGUUACCUGCACAGAGACAUCAAACCAGAUAACAUCUUACUUGACCGAUGUGGACACAUCCGACUUGGAGAUUUUGGCUCUUGUCUCAAGCUCCGGGAAGAUGGGACGGUCUGCUCCAGGGUGGCGGUGGGCACUCCGGAUUACCUCUCCCCGGAGAUCCUGCAAGCGGUGGAGGACGGCACUCAUUCCUACGGCACGGAGUGCGACUGGUGGUCACUGGGCAUCUUUGCCUACGAGAUGUUCUUUGGCCACACUCCCUUCUUUGCGGACUCCGUCGUGGAGACCUAUGGGAAGAUCAUCCAUUUCAAGGAGCACUUCCGCUUCCCGCCCUCGGCCCCGGAGCUGCCUGCGGAGGCCCUGGCCCUGAUGGCGGGGCUGGUGUGCCCGCGGGAGGUGCGGCUGGGGCGGCAGGGGCUGCGGGACUUCCAGGAGCACCCCUUCUUCCUGGGCCUGGCCUGGGAGGCCCUGCGGAGCUGCGUGCCCCCCUUCGCCCCCGAGUUCGCCAACCCCACUGACACCUGCAACUUCGACGUGGUGGAUGACUGUCUCACUGACAUGGUGAGCGGGGGAGGGGAAACCCUUUCGGACGUCAUUGAGAGCUCUCCCCUCGGCGUCCACCUGCCUUUCGUGGGAUAUUCCUACACUUAUGCAGCCGUGAAACAGAAUGAACCGGAAGAAGAAACGGGCCGCAGGGACCCCGGCAUGGAGGUGGACGGUGCCAAGGAGACUUCAACCGAAGGGAAAAAGCAGCCCAAACAGGCUCCGGAGGGGAUGGUGUACGAACUACCGGACGGUCAGAAGCUGGACCUGGCGACUUUUCUGGAGUUGCAGACAGCGCUGGAGGAAGAGCUGCGGAGCCGAGAGAUGCUGUGCCAGGAGCUCAGCGUGGUCAAGUUGGCCAACCAGACCUUUGCCAGCCAACUGAAGGAAGCCGAGAGCCGCAACUUGGAACUGGAAGCUCAAAUCAAACGCUUGGAGGAGCAGGUCGAAGGGAUGAAAACGAUGGGCGAGGAAGCUCCUCUGCUAUGGAGCCCUCGCUGCCCUGCCAGCUACUCACCCACUUUCUUGUGCGGCGUGGAGCGCCCGGCUGAUGCGGCACCAUGGCAUCUCGGCUCUGUGAAUACCCGCUUGUGGUACCUCUGUACCGGCACUUGCUGCUCUUUUCCAGGGUACAUAGGCCCUGCAUCGUCAAGGUGGGAUACCUGCUCCUGUGUACCGGUGGUUUUGGACGGGAGGUCUCUGCCCUUCGGAGCCUUGCAGAUGUGGUUUGAACGCUGCUGCUGGAUCCCAGGCCUUUUGCUGCCGCUGUGGGAUGGACCUGUGCCCUUUAGCUGCCUCGCGGAGACGCUGCAGAUCAGAUACUGGCUGCUUUGGGGCUCUUUUGGGGCCAGAGGGACAAGAACAACUCUGCUUCGUCUACUCCGCUCUCUAGACGCGAUUGUUCUGGCUCAGAUCCCUUGGAGUUUCCCCCAGAGCUUUGCUUUUCCCUCCUUCUUUGCAAGCAUGAUGUUACUGGUUCCUAGUAACCACUGCCCCACAAGAGUGGGCUUCGAGGAGGCAUUUGUUUUAGGGGACGAUGAGGAGCUGGAGCCUUGGAAAACAAGGCGAGGACUUUUUUUCCUUGUCCAACCUGUUCACCAAACCUUCCCCACUGGACUUUCCGCAUUUAGCCUUUUGAAUCCCACCUUCCGCAGGUGUCUUCCAGGCCUCGCUCCAAUUUGAUCCCAUUUUCUUUCAACCUGGACAAGAAAUGCAUCCAGCUCUCACUGGCUCAAAUUACAGGAAAAGAGAUUCUACUUGAACAUUAGGAAAAACUUCCUGAACAUAAGAGCUGUGGAACUCUCUGCCUUGGAAUCUGGUGGAAAAGAAGUCCCUUCUUUGGAGGCUUUUAAACAGAGGCUGAUCAUCUGCCGGGGGUGCUUUGAUUGUUUUCCAACUCUGAUUCUGAUUCACCAGCUAUCCUCCAUGAGAUAUGACUUUUUGAAAGGCAGAUCCUGUUUUGUGGAUAGAUUUUAUCUUCAGGACUCCAUACUUCUUGUUGGAGGGCACAUGCUUUGCUGCCAGGCCGGCUUCAGGUUACCUCUAUACGAACGGGCAAAGAGACUCUUCCCAACCUUGGCACCAGGCGCUCCUCAAGGAUUUUUGCAUAAGAAACUGCAGGCAAGGAUCACUCUCCGCUGGAACCAGAUCCAGGUCCUUUCCGUGAUGAUAUCUGGACUACAAAAGGCGGACAUCGGCAACGGAGCAGCAGGAGGCAGGGUCAGUGGCACAUUUUGCUUUGCGUAGAUAAGAGGCUGCAACCAAUGCCUCCAAGUCAUGCAUCACUGGGGUUGAAUGGGGUGAAAGGAAGCCAGCACGGUUCCUAUUUCUGCCCUACGGCCCAGGCGUGACUUCGGAAAAGGUUAAAAGCUCUCUGCUGGUGGUGGGAUACCUCCACCUUGGACUUAUAACUGCAUUUCAACACUUCUGACACAGGGUGACAGCACUUGCUUAUUCUCGCUCCACACUUCACAUUCAAAGCCUUCUCUUUCUCAAUAAUUUAUUUGGAAUUGUGGUGUUUAGUAGUCAAUCUUUUCGCUCUCUCCCCAGCGAGAGAGGUGUCCUUUUGCUCCGUGUUUCUAAGAACAGCAUCUGCAUGGAGCAAGGGUUAGCUGGGAGAGCAGGGGGAAGUUUUCAAUGGCUAGUUUUAAGGUUUUGCACUAAGCUGCCCUUACUUGGUUCUCUUGCCACCUUUCCCCAUAUUUAUUACGCUUCCCUGCCCCCUCCACAGCCCACGUGAUGCGGUACAUUUUGUUAGGCGCAUGAGAAUACUGUACAUUUGUGACAACAUUGAGUUAUAAGGAGGCUCUCUCAUUAGAAAUAUAAAUAAAGCUGAAUUAUUAUA